AUGGCAAAGAAAGGAGCGGCAGUAGACAUUGGAGUGAUUGGAAUGGCCGUCAUGGGCCAAAAUCUUGUCCUUAAUUUCUUGGACCACAGCUAUAACGUGGCAAUAUUUAAUCGUACAAAGUCUAAGGUCGAUCAUUUUAUGGAGAAAUGGUCCACAAUGAUAGAGAGCGCUCAACCGGGCACUCCAACUCCUUCAUCCUCUCUGGAGGAGUUCGUCUCUACAAUGGAAGGGGGGCAUAGAAAGAUUAUAUUGAUGAUUCAGGCGGGAGAUGCCAUUGAUGCUCUAUUAUCGGAACUAGUGCCACUUCUCUCCCCGGAAGAUAUUGUUAUUGAUGGAGGCAAUUCUCAUUACGUCGAUACUCAAAGAAGAGCAGCUUCGCUUUCAUCGUCCCACAAAAUUCGAUAUGUGGGGUGUGGAAUUUCAGGCGGAGAGCUUGGUGCCAGAUAUGGUCCGGCAUUAAUGCCCGGAGGCUCUCUCUGCGCGUGGGAAGAAAUAAAGGACAUGCUGCAAAAAAUUGCAGCCAAGGGGCCGAAGGGGUACCCAUGCUGCGAAUGGCUUGGGCCAGAUGCCUCUGGUCACUUUGUGAAAAUGGUGCACAAUGGCAUCGAAUAUGCCGAUAUGCAGAUGAUUUCGGAAAUCUUUCAUGUCGCAAAAAACGCCCUAGCGAAAGAUACUCCUACAAUCGCUUGUUUGUUUCAAAAGUGGGCUUCUUCUGAAUAUCUCUCCUCAUAUUUGAUCGAGAUCACUGCAAAUAUUCUUUUCUUUAAGGAAAGCGAGAAUGACACUUCUCCCCUUAUCUCUCGCAUUCGAGACACUGCUGGUCAGAAAGGAACCGGGAAAUGGACCGUCGAGGCGGCCCUUACUUUGGGCGUCCCAGGAACCCUUUUUUCGGAGGCAGUAUUUGCUCGCUCGCUCUCAAGCUCAAAAAAAGAACGUCUUAACGCAUCAUUGCUCUUUCCAAAAAAAGAGCCGCCAUUUGACACGCCAUUUGGGGACAUUUCCCAUAUUUUGGGGGAAGCUUUGCUUGCCGCAAAGAUCAUCGCCUAUUGCCAAGGAUUUUCCUUGCUUAUGAAGGCAUCAAAAAACCAUGGCUGGUCACUUUCUGGAUCAACCAUCUCAAAAAUAUGGCAGGGCGGAUGCAUUAUUCGAUCAAAACUGCUUGUUUUUUUUGAGGAUUUGGAUGAUCUCCAAUUCGAAAAUUUGCUGGUAUCCAAAUGGGCUUCUGAAAGAUUGAAGGCUUCGAUCGAGUCUCUUCGUACCAUAGUCGGUCUUUGCGUUAGCACAGGUGUCCCCUCGCCUGUGCUGUCUUCGGCGCUCUCGUAUUUCGAUACAGCUACAUGUUCAUAUCUGCCUGGCGCUGCUCUGAUCCAGGCGCAAAGGGACUACUUUGGCGCGCAUCAAUACGAACUUGAAGCUACCCCCGGGCUCUUUCACCACACAAACUGGACGGGCUCUGGAGGCUCUGCCCUUUCCUCAACCUACCAAUAUCCGUCCUCGGCGAGAAACCCGGUCGAUUGGGAUGCCAUUACCACAUCCAGCGACGAAGAGAGCAGCGGAGCCAAGCAAGAAAAAGGAGAAGAUCAGCUUAAAAAUUUGUUCCAAAAGAUAUAUGACCAGGGCACAGAUGACACCAGACGGGCAAUGAUCAAGUCGUUGCAAGAGUCCGGCGGCACAUGCCUAUCGACCAACUGGAAGGAUGUUGGAUCGGCUCCGGUCAAGCCGUCGCCGCCAGAAGGUUGUGAAGCCAGAAAAUUCGACUAG